AUGAAUGCAUAUAAAGCCAUCUCAGCUGGCUAUAAAAUCGUUGUUACAACACCAGGAGAGGUUUUGUUUCUCUAUACCAGAGCUUACGAGCCAGCCUCUGGAAAGCCUAGGAUCUUUCGUCUGUACAAAAGGGAUGCUAAAGAUCUAGACCCGGGAACCUUAGAUACAUGGCUUGUUAAGGUGGAUUCUAUAGGUGAUGAGGCUUUGUUUUUUGAUUUGGGUAUCACCGUGCCUGCUGACCACACCCUUGGUAUUGAGCCAAGCUCCAUCUACUUCACCCGUAACGACCGCCGUUUCAGUCACACGAAACGUUUAACUACAUGCAUCGACGUAUGUGUGUACAAACUUGCAACAAAGACCAUCAAACGCGUCCCCGGUCUCUCCUCCAACUUCAGACUCAAGGUUGCCAUGUGGUUUCUCCCCUCUUGA